GGUUCAUUCGUUCCUCGAAGAAAGCCGGCGACGGUCAUACACGCCAGUGGUGACAUCCCUGCAUCUUUAGUGGACAACCUGCACAUUCACAGCGUUCAGCUAAUCAGCUAAACAAGCCACUUAAACGUGACCAUUGUCAGCCAAUCGACAAUUCAAACGGUUGAUAUCCAGCAGCGGUUUUAUGCCCCGGUUUCAAGAAAUAUCUGCUUAGAGCUCGAAGAUUAGCUAAAGAUAAUCUACCUCAGGAUGGAGACUGAAAUACACGUGCCUGUCGGCUCUCCGUUAAUUAGAAAAUAUCCUAUAUUCGUGGACGAACACAACGUGACGGAUGGGGCGAUGAAGCUUAUCAAAGAGCUGCGACCAGCGUGGGAUGUGAACCAUGUCAAGACUAAGUUCUUCACUGAUGGAACCACCAACAAAUUAGUGGGAUGCUAUGUGGAGGACAGCCCACAGGACGUGGUUUUGGUCCGAGUGUACGGGAACAAGACGGAGUUGAUCGUGGACCGAGACAACGAACUUAAGAGCUUCCAGGUGCUGCAUGCUAAUGGUUGCGCUCCCCGCCUCUACUGCACCUUUCAAAAUGGCAUCUGCUAUGAGUUCAUGCAGGGGGACGCCCUGGGAACACAGGAUGUUAGAGAUCCCUCCCUGCUAAGACUGAUUGCCAGGGAGAUGGCUCGUAUCCAUGCCAUCCACGCACACAAUGGCUGCAUCCCUAAACCCAACCUGUGGAUUAAGAUGCGGAAAUACUUCUCUCUGGUAGCAACAGAGUUCACCGAACAGGCCUCCAACAUCAGGAUCCAGCAGGAGGUGCCCAGCCAGGCAGUGUUGGAACAGGAGAUGCUGUGGAUGAAAGAGCAUCUCUCCAUGCUGGGCUCCCCUGUUGUUCUCUGUCACAAUGACCUGCUGUGCAAGAACAUCAUCUACAACAGUAAAGAGGGCCAUGUCCGCUUCAUAGAUUAUGAGUAUUCUAGCUACAACUACCAGGCCUUUGACAUUGGCAACCACUUCAAUGAGUUUGCAGGUAUGAGUGAGCUGGACUAUGGACUGUACCCCGACAGAGAGAUGCAAAUGGAAUGGCUUCAAGUGUACCUACAGGCCUACAAAUACUUCACCAAGAAAACAGAAGAGGUCAGCCCUCGAGAGCUGGAAACCCUCUAUGUACAAGUCAACAAGUUCGCCCUGGCCUCUCACUUCUUCUGGGGCUUUUGGGCACUCAUCCAGGCCAAGUACUCCUCCAUCGACUUUGACUUCCUAGGAUACGCGGUGCUGCGUUUUAACCAGUACUUCAAGACCAAGCCUGCAGUGAUGGCCCUGCAGAUCCCAGAAUGAGAGGAGAAAAAAAGAGAAAAGGACCAUAGAAGAGGUCGUGUGUUUGAGGGUGGGGGUGGGGUAUCACUUGCAAUUUACUACAGGAGCAGAUGCACUUUUAGCUGAAGAGCUGGGUGUUUGACAUCAGGGUAGGGGUGGAUACCACAGAACAUUAGAAACGUGUGUGUUGUAUGAGGGGAGUUUCCUGUGGGCUGGAAUUUAUCUUAUAAAGCCAAGUAAUGAGGGACCAUAAUGUGGUCUUUUUGGCUCUCAUUAUGCCAAGCGCAAUUACUACUUGAUAUCCUCUUUAACUCACUCCACCUUUGUCUCACAACUCUAGCUCAGCAACAUUUCCAAAACCUUCACAGUUUGUAUGUUUUUAAGUAUACAUGUGUGCGCGUGUGUUGAUUUUAAUUUAUUUUGUGAAGAUGAGAUUGAACCCUGCGCAUCACAUUCCCACUCUGGGCAGCUUAACCACUUGUUUGAAGAUGCAGUGACUGUAGCGGUCAGAGUUUACACUGGAACUCAUAUUCCAAGUUCAGUGAUCUGAUAACUGUGGUCAACACAUUGGGAUCCAAUGUCUGUCACGCCAGCAAAUCUUCCAAAACACUGGCAAUGAAGUUCAAACAGGGGAUCUUAAUAGCAGGGAGGCUUGGAUACUGACACUGAAGCGUAGUUUAUGCUGACCUAUGUGUGCAGUAUCAAUAGUUUAAUGCUUUGGAGCUCAGAGUAUUGUGUUUAUAACUGUAAUGAGCACAGAGGCACUUCACCUGAGAAUCCUCCCAUCUUUAAGCGUGUACUGAGAGACACCCCCCUCCCCCCAUUUGCUGUAUCCAGCAUUGCAUUUUAAGCAUGUCAGGUGAAAAAACUUAGUUUUGUUCAUUUUGGAAGGAUUGUGAAGAUCAACAAUUGUGGAGUGGAUGUGGGAGUUAUAAGGGUUAAUACUAGUAAACGUCACACUGAACUCUUGAGUGUGCUUCUGCCCUCAUAAUCUCCUUAGAUGUGUUCCACCUUCUUGGCUUUUAUUGUCACAGGAAACAGCUCUGUUAAACUUUCCAUUCCUAGCAAAUCACUUGGAAAAUCACAACCUCUGUCACCCUCUGUCACCACACCUCCCCCUCGCCUUCCCGGACCCUGUCUGCUCUCUCUAACCCUGCCCCUUUCCUCUCCCUCUCUCGCAACAGUCUGUCAGAUCGGCCACCGGACAGUUUUCUGCUUACUUAGGACGGUGGCAGUAAUGCCUGUUCCACACACUCAACAUCAGGGCCUGCUCCCCACCUCCCCAUCAUAAGCCAUUCACAAUAUCCCAGUCACAUUUUCUUACAUAAUCCAACACAGCAGCAGGUUGUAUAAAGGUUUGAAGCAAGUCUGGGUUUUAAAGAGGCAGGAAUGAGUAAUUGGAGGCCGUUUGUGCUCUGACAUUACAUUCAGAUGUAACAAGACAGCGGAGAACGUUCCUCCCUUGAACUACUGCAGAAAUAAAUGCUAUGUUGUCUGGAUUUGGGAGUGGACAGCAUCCUGUAGUACAUGGGGAUUGAGUCUCAAGCCACUCAGAUAGACCUCUGAUUACCACCACUGGUCCACCUUUUCCUAUAAUGACCUUUCAUAAUUGUCAGGAUGCACCUAAAGUGGUAAGAGUAACUUGAUUUGCACAUGAUUUUGAGUUACCAAUAAGUUUAACCUCAGAAACUGUAGAUUUAUGCCAGACUCCAACAAAAGAAUACUGUGCCCUUCCAUCUCCCCAGUCCUCCCCGCAUUUACAGAAUACAACCGUUCAUUUAAUUCCUUGGAGGCCCAGAGGGGGGAGACACUGGGGCCUGACCCUUGUCCUCCAGUGUUGGUCUCAUGUUACGGACGGGCUUAAUAAUUCACCAGGAGUGAGUAUCGGUCCUUCAGAAACUCAGGACAGACAGAUACACUGGUGUUCUGGACGCAUAUUGAGCCAGGAAAGUUAACUGGAGCAGUAACAAGUUUCUAUUGAAGGUACAGAUUCGGAGUUGAAAUGUGGUGCUGGUCUACAUUCAUUGAGUUCUUAUUAUUUGAAGUGAGGAUAAGAGCCUGCAACAUGUGAAACAAUUGGGGGUUUAGGGAAAAUUUAUGUAAGAUCAGUGUGAACGGCUGAAGUGAAGAGUUAUUUAUUCUACAUGUACAUGUGUAUUUGUGAAUCUUUAUAUCAACACUAAUGGAUUGCUUCCUCCAACAUGAGCAAUGGGACCUUACAGUCCAAUAUGGCUUUCUCAUCCAGUGUAUUUAACGUGUACUGAUACAAAAGGAAACGGGUCAAAGUAAAUGUCCUGCUGGCAUUUUCUGUAUGAUGAUGUUGGAUGGAGCUGGGGAUUAGCUGUGCACCUGUGAGUUCAAAGUGAGAAUGAAUGCUCAGAAUUAGUAAACAGGUAAAUGCCAAAAUAACAAGCUUGUUGCUUUAAUACACAAUCCUUAAAUAUAUAUUGUUUGCAAUAGAACAUGGACAAGAGGGGCCUACAUAAUGGAGCAUUUAAUAAUUAAUCCUUCAAGUAAUUGGCAGAGGUUUUGACCCUGACUGGAAUAGGGACCAGUUAAUUGGGUGCUUUAGUCUUUUUUUUUCCCACGAUAAAUGUAAAUCGUAUUUAAAGUAAGUUGACAAAAAACAGGGCUGCACGGUGGCACAGUGGUUAGCCAACCUUGGGGUCAUCCAGGGUCAUCCUCUGUGUGGAGUUUGCAUGUUCUCCCCAUGUCUGCAUGGGUUUCCUCCGGGUGCUCCGGUUUCUUCCCACAGUCCAAAGACAUGCAGGUCAGGUGAAUCGGCUGUACUAAAUUGUCCCUAGGGAGGGGUGUGUGUGUGUGUGUGUGUGUGUGUGUGUGUGUGUGUGUGUGUGUGUGUGUGUGUGUGUGUGUGUGUGUGUGUGUGUGUGUGUGUGUGUGUGUGUGUGUGUGUGUGUGUGUGUGUGUGUGUGUGUGUGUGUGUGUGUGUGUGUGUCCUGUGAUGGACUGGCGGCCUGUCCAGGGUGUCUCCCCACCUGCUGCCCAAUGACUGCUGGGAUAGGCUCCAGCAUCCCGUGACCUGAAUACGGAUAAGCGGCUCGGAUAAUGAAUGACAAAAAACAGGCACAUACCUGAGAAUUGAGUUCACUGAAAAAUUGCUCUCUCAAGAAAGUCUGUAAAGUUGUCUGGAGAAUCUGAUGUUUUAAGGACCAACAUAUGAAAGACAAGUGUAGACUAGUUCUGUGAUGGUCAUUACCACUCCGGGCCCUGUGAAUAUCUUAUUAUAUGUGUCGGGCAUGAAAGAUUGCAAUUUCUAUGUUUUACAGCAGUUUUAAACCAGGGUAUUUAUAGAGUGAAUCUGUCAUUGUGGUUCUCUUACACUCAUUGUUUUCUGAUUUAUCAACACACCAAAAUGAUUAGCUUCAUAAGAUUUGCAUUGCAGUUCAUUUGAGAUGAACUUUUUUUUUGUGUGCGAAUGUAUCGACUGAUGUACUUCCUAAGCACUGUACAGAUGUUUUUUGUGUUUCUUCCCCCCUGCGCUCUAAGCUCAUCUUUACUUUUUGUACAUGCUUUGACUUGAAUCUGAACGAGCUAUUGACGUGGACCCAACAUUUGCAGAUGGACGUGUGCCGGCAUGCAGAUGCGACUUUGUUUAUGUGGUCAUCCCCUUCCGAAGGGGAUGCGUCAGCGAUAAGGGCCUGUGGAGAUGGAAAGUGUGUAUACUGUGAGAAAUACUGUGAAAUCUGACUGUACAGUGAUCCUUCACACUUUCAUCGGAGUGGCAAGGUUAUUUAGUUAUUUAACAUUCGUCUGGAACUAUUUCCUUCUGUCUGAAUUAAAA